AUGCGAAAUUUAAGCCCCGCCUCCCAAGCUUCUCCCUCAAAAGUGGCUUUAGCUGCUUUUCUACCCAAGAAGAGAGGGAGGCCGUCUCUCCCCGACCUCAUUCUGCGGGCUGUUUGCGUCUCUACAGCCCGCAAGGGCGCCUCUCUGGCUGCCAUCAAGAAGGCGCUCUUGGCUGAGGGGUACGACGUGCAGAAGAACAACGGUCGCCUGAAGGCGACGCUCAGCUCUCUCGUUAGCAAAGGGCUGCUGCAGCGGGUGACUGGCAGCGGCGUCUCGGGAUCCUUCAGGGUCAACAAGCACCAGAAGAAAGGGGGCGCCUUGAAAGGAACGAAGAAAAAAACAGCCAUCAAGAAACCCAAAACCCAAAUAGCGGCCAGGAGGUCUCCGAAAAAAAUUAACAUCGCAGCAGCUAGGAAAGCAAAGGUGCCAGGCCGAGAAACCAAGCCAGCCGUUAAAAAACCCAAGGCUCCCAAAAACCCGGCCAGACCCAAGGGGAGGGCUGCUCCCCGCGGCAAAGUUGCCAUCAAGAGGCAUUAA